GGGUCGGACCCGAAGCAGGAGCCGGGGGUUUGGUGCUUCUCUUUAGUGCAUUAUGAGAUAAACCAUAGCCGGCAAGAAAGUAAAGGAAGUCUCAGCCUGGGGAGAGUCGGAAAGGGCAGCAUGUAGCCAGGGACUAGGGAAGGGACGCAGCGGAGAAGAAACAAGGGAAGGAGAGCGAAUCCAAACUGAGAGCGAGAUGAGCACGGAAGGCAGCACUAACUUCAGGCGGCGGGCAGUCAGGCGGAAGUCCAACCAGUCCUGCCUCCUGGCUGGGACCCCCCGCCCCUGGAGCCGACCCACCGCCUACUCAAGGCCCCCAGACUCGGCCGCCUCAGAGAACGUGCCCAAGGACGCAACAGGCAGCAGUUCCUGUCCAAAGAUCAUUAUAGUUUCAUCUCCUUGCCCAUCAAGUAAGACUGGCAUACCAAUUAAUCAGAAUGUAGGUGAUGAGGCUCAGGGAAUAAAUGGAAGAGCACCAAUUAAAGUAUCCCCAAUAUCAGCUGCAAGUCCAAAGCCACAAGUGCCUCCAAAACCAUUACAUCUGCAGAAUUCACCUUCAUCCAAUAGAGUUCAGACACCCAAGCAUAAAGCUUUACCUAGUAUAAAACCAAGGAUGGAGGAAGUUAAACCUGCCCCUGCUUCUUUUAUCUCAAAAGAAAAACCCAGUAAAGUAUCAGAUCUCAUCAGUCACUUUGAAGGAGGCAGCACCUCAUCCAAUUCUACUGAUUUGAAGAAAGAACCUUCUGUUAGUCAAACUGUUUCUAGAGCUGAAGGAAGACAUGGAUUAACAACAGUCCUUCAGCCAAAACUCCUAUCUCAAUAUCCAAUACGGAAACAGGAAACCAAUACAGACCAAACUCAGGAUGUACAGAAACACACAGCCAAUGGUGUGAUUGGAGCACAAAAACAGAUGGAAUGUGAAGACAAUAAAUUCCUCGAUGUUAGCUCUGAUGCUAACAUCCAAACUUUGGAAUCUGCCAUCUAUAAUAGUUUAUCAAAUGGAGAAAAGGACAGAUUAGCUACCAGUUCCUCUGUACCCAUGACAAAUAUCUGCAGAGGAAAUACUGUAAAUAGUCAUUGCAGGACUUCAAGUAGGAACCCCUUGCUUUUGUUGGAAGAAGAACACAUUGAAAUGAAAGCCACUCUGGAAGAGAAGAAAGAUGACGAAAGCCCACUUGAACUUGAGAAGCAGAAUCAAUCCAUAGAAACCAAGGAGACAGAUGAGCAGAAACUUCACAAAAUUGCCACAGAACUCUUGCUUACGGAAAGAGCCUAUGUUAAUCGACUUGACCUUUUAGACAAGAUAUUUUAUUGCAAACUAUUGGAAGAAGCUAAUCGAGGCUCAUUUCCAGCAGAGAUGGUGAACAAAAUAUUUUCUAAUAUUUCAUCAAUAAAUGCAUUCCAUAGUAAAUUCCUUUUGCCAGAGUUGGAGAAACGAAUGCAGGAAUGGGAAACUACUCCUAGAAUUGGUGACAUCCUACAGAAAUUGGCUCCUUUCCUCAAAAUGUAUGGAGAGUACGUGAAAGGCUUUGAUAAUGCAAUGGAAUUGGUUAAAACCAUGACUGAACGGAUAGCUCAAUUUAAAUCAGUAGUUGAAGAAAUUCAGAAACAAAAGAUCUGUGGGAGUUUAACACUGCAGCAUCACAUGCUAGAACCUGUACAGCGAAUCCCCCGAUAUGAGAUGCUCCUUAAAGACUAUCUAAGGAAAUUGCCUCCUGACUCCUUAGACUGGAAUGACGCUAAAAAAUCACUUGAAAUUAUCUCUACUGCAGCAAGCCAUUCCAAUAGUGCAAUACGGAAAAUGGAGAAUCUUAAAAAGCUGUUGGACAUUUAUGAGAUGUUGGGAGAAGAGGAAGACAUUGUUAAUCCCUCAAAUGAGCUCAUACGUGAAGGACAAAUCCUUAAGCUUGCUGCUCGAAACACAUCAGCUCAAGAACGUUAUCUUUUCCUAUUCAACAACAUGUUGCUAUACUGUGUACCAAAAUUCAGCUUGGUGGGAACUAAAUACUCAGUUCGAACUAGAGUUGGUAUUGAUGGGAUGAAAAUUGUGGAAACCCACAAUGAAGAAUACCCACACACAUUUCAGGUUUCUGGAAAAGAACGAACACUGGAAUUACAGGCCAGUUCUGAGCAAGACAAAGAGGAAUGGAUCAAGGCACUUCAAAAUACUAUUGAAGCUUUCCAUCAAAGGAAUGAAACCUUCAGAAAUGCUAUAGCAAAAGAUAAUGAUAUGCACUUGGAGGUUUCUACUGCUGAACUUGGGAAAAGCCCCAGAUGGAUUCGAGACAAUGAAGUAACAAUGUGUAUGAAAUGCAAAGAGUCUUUUAAUGCACUGACAAGGAGAAGACAUCAUUGCCGAGCAUGUGGACAUGUGGUCUGUUGGAAAUGUUCCGACUAUAAGGCUCAACUUGAAUAUGAUGGUGGUAAAUGGAACAAAGUUUGUAAAGACUGCUAUCAAAUAAUAAUUGGAUGCACAGACAGUGAAGAAAAGAAAAGGAAAGGAAUCUUAGAGAUUGAAUCAGCAGAGGUUUCUGGAAACAGUAUCAUAUGCAGCUUUCUUCAGUAUAUGGAAAAGUCAAAGCCCUGGCAAAAAGCUUGGUGUGUCAUCCCUAAGCAAGAAGCUCUUGUACUCUACAUGUAUGGUGCCCCACAGGAUGUCAGAGCUCAGGCAACCAUUCCACUCCUGGGCUACACAGUGGAUGAUACACCAAGGAGUGCUGAUCUCCCUCACAGUUUCAAACUGACUCAGUCUAAGUCUGUGCACAGCUUUUCUGCAGACAGUGAGGAACUGAAACAGAAAUGGUUGAAAAUCAUCCACUUAGCUGUCAAAGGUGAGACACCAGAGUGUCCAAAUGAACUACAAAUCACAGUAGAUGAUAAUCCUGGACUAAAAAGAAAGCCAGAAUGCUGAGUUAAAGAUGUCCUGUUGUUGGGGGUGUGGGAGGAGGGUGGGACACAGCUGUGCAAUGAAGCAAGUGAAGAAAAAAACCCAGAAAAUAAGACAUUCCCAACAACCCUACACCUUUUAGCACUUUAUGUUAAAAAUAUAGGUUCAUAAGCAAAUUUAGGGGUGGGAGAGAAGGGGUGCAGUAAGAACAGACUGUUUUCCUAAACUUAUGUAUCAUUAAUGAAUUUGCUGUACAGAGUCAUUUCACUGAUAAUUUUUUUUAAUGUGAACAGUGAAACAUCUUUAGGAUUCUGCCUUGAGUAUUUACCACUUGUGUUUGUCUUAAAGAAAAUGGCAUUUGAUCCUCUUGCUGUUAGGUUAAAAUGUGCCACAGACUUUUUGUUAUAUUCUUUGCUCAUGUAGGACUUCUGACAAUUUGAAAGAUAUACCUCCAUAUUGCCAAAAUAGAUAUGUAGUGAUAAAUACAGGGAAAGUUUAGUUUAAAGCAUUCAUUUUAUUGAAGUUAGUAUCUAAAGCUAUUUACACACGUUGUGUAUGUUAUAAUGUAUUUUCUUAUAGAAAAAAUCAAAAAGACAAAUUACAUUGACUUUUAGACUUUCAAUUUAAUAAGAAUAAAAAGCUAAUUGUUUUUCUUUUAAAAAAUAUAUUAUUCACAUAAGGAAAAAACAGAAGUAUAAGGAUUUAUGUAUGUACAAUAUCAAAUAGACUACUUUGACUUCAUGAUUUUAGGAUCAUAUUUGUCUAUUAUCUAUAUUUUAAAAAAGCAAAGCAUGUUUUAUCUUGGAAUUAAGCAAAGUAUUCUAAAGAAUGUUUUGACAAUUUAUGUUCAAUUAGUUGAUACCUAAUGGUCUUGAUAUUUUUGUAAGUUUAACAAAUGUAGCAGUUUUUAUGGCAUGUAACAAAUUAGUGAAUUCCAACUCUAUUUUAAGACCAUUAAUUUUUCUUUUAUUUUCUGAGCCUAUUUAAACAGUGCCUCUAUUUGAAGGUGCUAAUAUUACAUAUUUAAAUAUAGGGUGUAUAUUCAAUUAGUAAUGUUUUUGUCUUCAUUAUUUUGAGAUAAGAUAAAUUACCAUUUUGAUCACUGGGACACUCAGAGCAUUUAGAACAUUUCAUUUUUAUAAUCAUAUGAAUGUUGAAGUAAGUAUUAUAACAUCAAUUAUUUGUAAGGAUUCUCUUUCCUUUCACUGAAAACAUUUCCUUUCAUCUGAAAACAUUGUGUCUGUGUGAAACCUGAGUUAGUACUUGGGAAUGAUGUUUGGUACAUUUUCUUUGUAGAAAAAUUUUUUCAAUAAAUUUUUUCACUUAUUUUCUAUAGGCACAUUUAAAUGUAGAAUAUAUAAUGCACACAUGAUAUAUUCAUGUAUCAGUCCAUUCAUCUCAUCUCAGCUACUAUUUAUUUAGUAAGUGCUGUUAUUUAUAAAUCACUAUAUGGGCGUUAACACAAUUUCACUUGAAUUUCCUAGCAUUGUUAAAUAAGUUUUAGACAACUAAUACAAUUUCGAUUGUUAGGGAAAGUAUAAUGUUUAAAAAUAUUAAAACCUAUGUUAAAAUAAUGUCAAUGAAAACUUUUAUUGUCAAAAAUCUAUAAAGCUCAUUUCUUUCUGAGAUCAAUAUCCCAAGAAAGAAAGAGAAAACUUCACUUUUGAAAAAUUUUUAUUUUAGUUUACAGAUUUGGGGAAGGUUAGAAAGGGAUAUGACACAAUCUUUGGGUGGCAUUUUUUUUACUGGGGAGACACUGCUCUUUUGUUUGUCUUCCUCCAGAGACAAAACAAAAAAUCCAACUCAAUAUAGUUGUUGUGAUUAAAAUGUCAUUAUCUUUUCAAGUUGA